UUAAUACCGAGAUACCUUCGCCCGCCCUCGCCUGAGAACUGCCAUGGCCGCCGACGCCUCGUUUCUCCGCUUCUCAUCGCUUCCGAUCCGCACCGGAACCCGCCGUGUAACGAGAGGUGCAAACCUCAGCCGCGAUCCUUCCCCCUCCCUUCAUCCCUCCCCCCGCCCUCUCUCCACCGGCUCCUUCCCGCUUCUCAUCGCUCGCUAUGCGAAUCCUAACCGAUCCUUUACCUCCCCUGACCGAUCGGGCGGAGGCCCUGCCUUUCCACCAGAUGGACCCGGUAACUACGGUCGCGGCGGAGAUGGUGAUUCGGACGAUGAUCGCAACCGCGAUGAGCCCGCCUCGUCAGAUCUGGGAGGUCCUCUGGGUGUCUUCCUAGAGGGGUGGCGAUCUAGAGUUGCCGCCGAUCCUCAGUUCCCCUUCAAGGUCCUCAUGGAGGAGGUUGUCGGCGUCACUGCGUGCGUCCUCGGCGACAUGGCCUCCCGACCCAACUUUGGUCUCGACGAGCUCGACUUCGUAUUUUGCACCCUCGUUGUCGGAUCCAUCGUCAACUUCGUCCUCAUGUACCUCUUGGCGCCCACGGCCGCCUCCUCGGCCAGCGCCUCUGCUCUACCUGGCUUAUUUGCCACCUGCCCCGCCAGCCACAUGUUUGAGCCGGGGUCUUAUUCCCUAAUCUCCCGUAUGGGCACCUUUGUCUAUAAAGGUGUCACCUUUGCCGCUGUCGGCUUCGCUGCGGGCCUUGCAGGGACGGCGAUCUCAAAUGGGCUGAUCGCUCUACGCAAGAAGAUGGAUUCAGGGUUUGAGCCACCUAACAAGCCCCCGCCGACCGUGUUGAAUGCGCUGACCUGGUCGCUGCACAUGGGAUUGAGCAGUAAUUUCCGGUACCAGACCCUUAAUGGGAUCGAGUACGCAAUGGAGAAGGCAUUGCCUUCAUCUGCUUUCAAGGCAUCAGUGGUGGUGCUUAGGUGUUUGAACAAUCUGCUUGGAGGAAUGUCUUUUGUUAUGCUUGCAAGGAUUACCGGGUCUCAGAAGGCGACUGCAGAUGCAGAGGCGGUAGAAGAAAUCAAGGAGAAGUUGGUCAGUGACAAAGCUACAAUUCCUGAGAACGGCGAUGAUUAAUGAAUGAGCGCAAGGUAAGUAAGGGUUAUCUCGUGUUUUUUUCUUCUCGAUAGUUGUUGGUAAGAUAGUGUUAGAAGAAAGAACUGAUCUUGGCAUAUCAAGGAAGGUAGAGGUGUUGCUUUUUUCAAUAAUGAGAAAUGCUAGUUGGGAUGGAUCAAUAAAGCAGAGCGAGAAGCUUCACAUUUCUAUAAA